AGGCAAGUAAAAGAUUUCCAUAUUUACAUCAGAUAAGCGACAGGCCUGAACGUGCCGCGCCAAACAUUCUGAUUAAAAAGGGAGUCUCUGAAGCAGCGUGCGACGUGGGAACUUCUACUAGUAGCAUUAUUGUUUUUUUUGGUUGGGUAACCAAGAGAAGAAGAAGAAGACACAGUCCCCGAAACCAAGCACAGGUAUCGUUCGGACCCUUCAUCCAUCCUUGUGGAUUUUGAAAGAAAAAUGAGGAGGUGUGUGUUGAGUUGUGAGGGAAAGUAGGGGUCAGACUAAGCUGAUAGAUGGGUGAAGAAACAUUUGUGGAUAUCAUUUCAUUCAUUAUUCUUAAUCACCUUCAUCAUCUUCAUUAUCGCUCUUUUUCUCAUUUCUUCAACAUUCUAGUCACAAAAACAACAACUAGUAGUAGUGGAUUUUAAAGAGAUUGUUUUUAUUUUUAUCUGAAUCAAGGAAACAAUCAGAAGAAGAAGAAGAAACUUGGUAUUUUUCUGAUUCAAAGAGAAUAUGGGCGAGACGGAAUUUUUCACCGAGUAUGGUGAGGCAAGUCGGUACCAAAUUCUAGAGGUUAUUGGCAAAGGAAGUUAUGGUGUUGUUGCAUCUGCUGUUGACACACAUACUGGGGAGAAGGUAGCAAUUAAGAAGAUUAAUGAUGUUUUUGAGCAUGUCUCUGAUGCUACACGUAUUCUGAGAGAAAUUAAACUCCUUAGGCUGCUACGCCAUCCGGAUGUUGUAGAGAUUAAACACAUUAUGCUUCCUCCAUCUAGGAGAGAAUUUAAAGAUAUAUAUGUCGUAUUUGAGUUGAUGGAAUCAGAUCUUCACCAAGUAAUUAAGGCAAAUGAUGAUCUUACUCCUGAACAUUACCAGUUUUUCUUGUAUCAACUUCUUCGUUCUUUAAAAUAUAUACAUUCAGCCAAUGUGUUCCAUCGGGAUUUAAAGCCAAAAAACAUUCUUGCUAAUGCGGACUGCAAACUGAAGAUUUGUGACUUUGGCCUUGCUCGUGUAUCAUUUAAUGAUGCCCCAUCAGCUAUUUUCUGGACUGAUUAUGUGGCAACGAGAUGGUAUCGGGCUCCUGAACUUUGCGGCUCUUUUUUCUCCAAAUACACUCCCGCAAUCGAUAUCUGGAGCAUAGGGUGCAUAUUUGCAGAACUGCUUACAGGCAAGCCAUUGUUUCCUGGGAAGAAUGUGGUGCAUCAAUUGGAUCUCAUGACUGAUUUGCUUGGUACACCUUCCACUGAAUCCGUUGCACGGAUUCGAAAUGAAAAGGCUAGAAGAUAUUUAAGUGGGAUGUGGAAGAAACCUCCAGUUCCUUUCACGCAGAAGUUCCCUAAAGUGGAUCCUUUGGCUCUCAAUCUUCUUGAACGACUGCUUGCCUUUGAUCCCAAAGACCGUCCAUCUGCUGAAGAAGCAUUAGCUGAUCCAUAUUUUCAUGGUUUGGCAAAUGUGGACCGUGAACCAUCAACGCAACCCAUCUCAAAAUUUGAGUUUGAGUUUGAAAGGAGGAAAUUGUCAAAGGAAGAUGUACGAGAAUUAAUUUACAGAGAGAUAUUGGAGUAUCAUCCCCAAAUGCUUCAGGAAUACCUGAAUGGUGCAGAUCAAACUAGCUUCCUGUACCCAAGUGGAGUCGAUCGAUUCAAGCGACAGUUUGCUCAUCUGGAGGAGCAUUACGGUAAAAGCGGUGAGAGAAGCACUCCCCCACUUCAAAGACAGCACGCGUCUUUACCUAGGGAGAGGGUCUGCCAACCUAAGGAAGAGUCUGCCGAUCAACACGAUGAUAUUGAAAAUCGGAGUGCAGCUUCUGUUGUUCAUAAAACCCUUCAGAGCCCAACAAAAGCAAAUAGUGCUACACGCAGCCUUAUGAAGAGUGAGAGCAUCAGUGCUUCCCAAUGUGUCGUUGUGAAUGGGAAAAAGAAUUUAACGGGAGAACCAAUUGAUGAACAGAAUGAGGUUGAUGAUUUAUCCCAGAAGAUUUCUCAACUAGGUUCCUGAUUAUACCAGGAGGUCAGCAGAUAACUACAAUUCUUCUCAUCCUAUAUUUUCUCCGCUAACAUGUGUGUAUCGAUGUCAAUCACCUCUCUGAAUAUUGAAUUUCAAAAGAAAACUGAAUUAGGUUUCUUGUAGUAGGAGGAUGCUGGCUGCAUAAUUUUUGCUGCAGGAAAUGUAUUUGUUAUUUAUCAGUUGUAUUAUUACAAUUCACAUAAAAUGAGAUGGUAAACAAAAAGGAAUAAUCUGAAGUGUAGAUUCUUUUGUCCAAUUUUCAAUUAUAAAACAUAUUCUUUCAUAA